CAUUAUCUAUUUUAGCAAUGUUUGCAACACGUCAUGCUCUUAUCAACUGAGCUACGAAGGAGCACGUCGACGUCACUAGAAUGAUGACAAGCAAUUUUAAGGGAUUCUAAAGGGAAUCAGAAUUCCAAACUAAUUUCUAUGGCAACACAGUUGUCAAUUUUGUAAACAAUCAUUUUCGAACGUGUGUUGCCAAGAGACAUCUAACCGACGUUCUAUGGAACGUUUUCUGUGCGAAAACAAAUUUUUUGCUGCUGACAACAAACUUGUUUGAUUUUUGAGACCUGAGAACAAUCGACUGGAAAAUGCCUGGGUGCUUUUCAAGACUGGCGGAGAGAGUGCGUGGACGUCGGCGGCCUACUGCGUCGACAGGUUGUUCAAAUUCAUUUGUGGCUUGUUUUUCUUGUCUUUUUCUGUUUUGCAGGGUUCGUGAUCGUCGACAGGUGGACAGCGACUUCGAAGAGGAAACAACUGUCCUGGAUGAGGUCCAGUUGGAUGUGCCAUUGGAUGAUGUGCCAGAUGUUCCACAGCUGCCAGUCCUCCUUGAUGUCCAGAAUGCUGCUAUCAUCCUUGAGGAUGUGCCAGAUGUGCAGACUAUCCUUGAGGAGGCCACUGUUAUUUGGCAGUUGAUUCCGAUUAGGUUCAGCCCCCAGUACUGUGGGCCUGUUGUGAUCAGGAACAAUGCCGGUCCGGUGGUUAAAGCUUGGAGAACUUUCCAGUUCAUCAGCCCCAUCAUCACCUACAUGCGUGGGGGAUCCCAGCAGGUGGUGGUGAGGAUGCACCACGUGAGUAGGGUGAGAGGCCUGGAGACUCAACUGGUGUGGGCCAUCUCCAAGGAGACAGCCAGGCUUAGUCCAGAGGGCAUCCCCUACUGUGCCACCAAAGUGCAGUCCAUCACUUGGAUCCAGCGUGUGGCUGGCAGGGUGACCCACUAUGCGUCUCACCUCCGCCACGAGACGUCCGUGGACGUGACGCUUGGCUGCUACCAGGUAAAUAAACGAUUUCCUAUGUAUAUAGACUAGACAUUACUGGGCAUU